CUUGGGAAUUUUCUUAUUAUUUUAGAAUUAGUCAAGAAUCGACCCAUGGUCAGUACAUUCCGGAGCCGGAGCACGUGAGCGUGCACACGGUGAACACCGAGGGUUCGAGUUUCACGCCUCCGGGUGACGGAGGGCAGCAACAGAAUCAACCUGAGCCAGCGGGACAGCCACCAGCUGUACCACCGCCAGUCGUACCACCUCCAGUGAUGCCAUUGUUGGCGAUACUGCAGGUGGCCUACGAGCAGAUGUUCCCGGCCAUGAUGGCCCAUUAUAUGCAGCACAUGGCGCAGCUUAUGCCCAUGUUCCAGCCGCCGCCACCACAGCCGCAGCCGCGCAUCGUUACCUUCAAGACGUUGAAGGAUAAUGGAGCGGAAGAGUUUCGAGGAGACAAGAUGGGGGAGCCCCAGAUUGCGUUGGAUUGGCUUGAGCAGAUGGACCGGGUACUCAAGAAUUUGAGAGUCCCUGAUGCAGAUCGCUCGGAGUUGGCGUCACAGAUGUUCCGGAAGGGAGCAUAUGAUUGGUGGAAGCGCAUUGACCAGGAUCCACACACGCCCAAGCCAUGGACCUGGGAUCGCUUUGAUCGAGCCUUCACGAAGGAGUACGUCCCCACCCGGUGUCCGUUGUCCGUGCAAGGGAAGCAAUUCCCUGCAGAUUUGAUAGAGCUACCACACAAGGAGUUUGACAUUAUCCUUGGUAUGGAUUGGCUCACCGAGCAUAGAGCAGUGGUCGACUGUAGUUGUCGGACCAUACGGCUGAGAGCCGAGGACGGUAGCGACGUAUCACUCUCCGGGGAGGUGUUCCCCAAGGCUCCCGAGUUCAUAUCGUCCUUGAGCGCGAGGCGCUUGAUUCGCAAGAAGUGCGAGAUGUUCCUGUGUCACGUUCAGGAUAUGUGAAAAGAAUCACCACGUCAGCAGGACAUUCGUACGGUUUGCGACUUCCCCGAUGUCUUUCCCGAAGACCUUCCUGGUUUGCCUCCACCGAGAGAGGUAGAGUUCUCGAUCAAUCUCAUUCCGGGUACGGAACCCAUAUCUGCUACACUGUAUCG